AUGGAUGACGAUGAACCUAUUGAUGGGUUUAUCUCAAAGAUCAGCGAGCUAGCAAGUGAGUCUUAUGUACUUGGGAAGAAAUAUGAAGAAAAGGAUUUGGUGAAGAAGUUGCUGAGAUGGUUACCACCAAGGUUCGAAGCAUACAAAGCGGUUCAUGACCUUGAGAAAUUUGAUCGACUGGCAAACACUCAAAAGAGUAUUGCAUUUAAGGCUGACGCAAAUGAAGGUGACAAAGUCUCAAAAAUUGAAGAAACUUUGGGACUUAUGGCUCAAAACUUCAACAAAUUUGUUAAGCAUAUGGAAAAAGGUAGGAGUCGUUCAAGCGGACGUUCUCAGAGGAGUGAAUCUGACCGAGGAAACACUCAACAUUCAAGACUGGGCUCAUCAAAAAACUCCAAAAAGAAGGAUCUUCAGUGUCAUGAAUGUGAAGGAUAUGGUCAUUUCCGAAACGAGUGUCCCCUAGCCAAGAGAAAGGAGCUGAAAUGCAUUGAGUGCAAAGGAAUCAGGCAUAAUCGGAGUGAAUGUCCCAACACCUUAAAGAAGGAUAAAUCUCUUGUUUGCUUCAGCGACACAGAGUCGGAUAGCGAUAGUGGAGAUGAGGAGAUGCACUUAAACUUCAUAGCCCUGAUCGGACAAGAAGAUGAUAAGAAGUCUGAAAAUCUUGCUGAGUUAAGUGACCAAGAGGAAGACGAUGGACUAAAUCAAGAACUUGAAAUAGAGUAUAAGACAUUUUUCGAUAAAUUUGCUGAACUCAGUCAUGAGAACUUGCAACUUCUCAAUAACAAGGCCAUGUUAAAGGCACAAGUGAACAUUUUGGAGUUAGAACAAAGCUCGUUACAGACACCUGCUCCAUCUAUCUUAAAAGAGUCUGAUCAGGAAAUAUUAGCCUUGAAGAGAGCCAUGACUGAACAAGAAAGAGUUCAUAAGCAGUUUGAAGUAAAAGUCAAUCAGCUCAGUGAGUUACUUGCUAAGGAGGUGGAUAAGAGUAAGUGUGAUUUAUAUCCUAACUACAAGGAGCUCUCUCAAGUUGUGAUACCUCACAAGAGUAUUGAGCCACACACUGAGUCGGAACAAGAGUUUGUCUGUAACUUUGCUACUCUACGAGGCGAAAACGAUGUGAUAAGUAAUGUUGCUUUUACAAGUGCCAAAAUUCACAAUCAGGUUGAGACCCCAUGGUAUUUUGACAGUGGUUUCUCUAAGCAUAUGACAGGAAAUCAAGACUUCAUUGAGAAACUUGAACACAUCAAAGGAGGCAAAGUUACCUUUGGUGAUGGAGGACAAGGAAAAAUUCGUGGUGUAGGUGUGAUGGAGAGGGCUGAUCUUCCCAGACUCAUUAAUGUCUAUUUCGUAGAUGGACUUAAGGCAAAUCUUAUCAGUGUUAGCCAACUCUGUGAUGAUGGAUUGGAGCACAAGAAACUUGGUCAUAUGAACACACAUGGUUUGACGAGAUUAGUAAAUGCAGAAUUUGUUCGUGGAGUGCCUGAUCUAGAGAAUCAGACUGAUAUUGUAUGUGGAGCAUGCUGUCAAGGAAAGCAGAUUAAGAUUCAACAUAAACAGAUUACUGAGAUUCAUUCUAAGCGCAUAUUGGAGUUGGUUCACAUGGAUCUUAUGGGUCCAAUUACUCCUGAAAGCAUUGCUGGCAAGCGAUAUAUCUUCAUUCUUGUUGAUGAUUUCUCAAGAUACACCUGGGUUGAUUUCCUAAGAAACAAGUCUGAUGCUCUUCAGAGCUUUCGUAUCUUGGCGCUACAGCUGAAACAAGAAAAAGGUGGAAUCAUCCAGAACAAUAGUGACCAUGGGGGUGAAUUUCAAAAUGAACAGUUUGAUCGGUUCUGUCAACGUCAAGGAAUUCGCCAUCAAUAUGCUGCUCCUAGAACUCCUCAACAGAACGGGGUCGUCGAAAGGAAAAACAGAACGUUGCAGGAUAUGGCACGGGCAAUGCUCUGUGGUAACAGUGCCCUUUCAGGAUUCUGGGCAGAAGCAGUGAGUACCGCAUGUUAUGUGAUAAACCGGGUAUACGUGAGACCUAAGACAAAGACUACACCGUAUGAGAUCUUCAAAGGAAAAACUCCUAAUCUGAGUCACAUGCAUGUCUUCGGGUGCUUAUGCUACAUUCUAAAUGAUAAAGAUCACUUGGUAAAAUUCGAUGCUAAAAGUGAUGUUGGAAUGUUCCUUGGCUACUCGUCUAACAGCUCAUCAUACAGAGUAUUCAAUAAACGCACCAAGUUCGUGAGUGAUAACGUGAAUGUUGUGUUUGACGAUAAUGUUGGUUUCUACCAAGCCAGAGUAACACAAACCAUUGACUGUGUGACACCAACAAUCGCUACACCAAUCGAAGCUCAUGUUAAGUAUGAGUGCCAAGAGGAAGUUGAACAGGAUGCAAUACUAGUUGAUCUUGAUCAAGGACGGGUACAUAAGAACCACUCUGCUGCAGAUGUGAUUGGUGGAGUCUUCGAUGAAAGGGUCACACGCAAGAAGCAAAUUGACUUCAAUGAAAUGGUUAAGUUGGUGUGUUUCAUGGCUAAGAUGAACACUGUGGAGUGCUUAGUCUCUCUGAUCGAACCUAAGAACAUCCAAGAAGCGUUGGAGGAUGAAUACUAG